AUGAACACAGUUGCGCCGCAUUUGUUUAGUGGAAUUGUUUAUGCAUCUGAUGCGCAUCUUGUACGGGAAGAUCUGAGAGAGCGUUUUGACAAGGUAAACAGGGUGCGUAUAUUUCAGUUACAUCGAGAAAUUGCGACAAUUUCUCAAGGAACAGACUCUGUUUCUAUGUAUUUCACAAGGCUGAAAGAGCUAUGGGCAGAAUAUGACGCAAUGAUACCUUCCCCGAACUGUGGUUGUCUAAAAUCCAAGGAGAAUGUAGAGCAUUUUUUACAACAACGGUUACUUCAGUUUCUCAGUGGAUUAAACGACUCAUAUGAUCAGGCGAGGCGUCAAAUUAUCAUGAAGACAACAGAACCAACCUUGAAUCAAGCAUAUGCAAUGAUCAUUGAAAGGGAGAGUCAAUUGACACCAACAUCUGGAGUUAAUUCCAUAUAUUAUCCUGGGAAUUAUGGUCCUGGAGUUUACAAUCAAGGAUAUAACACUAAUAAACAUGGAUGGUUUUCUGGUGGAGAACAUCGUGAUUCAAACCUCACUAAUGAUGUCAAUCAAGUUUUUGAUCAGGGUCAAGGUAACAAUAAUGAGACAGAACCAACAGCUAAUGUAGCAGGUAUUGUUACUCCCUCUACUCCUAAUGAUAGGAAUGAUAAGUGGAUUGUAGAUAGUGGUGCCACGAAUCAUAUGGUGGGAGACAGUGAUAUGUUAUCUACAGUAACUAAACGUGAGAAUCAAAAGGUGCUAUUACCUAAUGGUAGUAGAGUUCCCAUUACUCACACAGGUAGUUCUGAACUGUUACAAGGAAGCAUACACAAUGUUUUAUGUGUCCCUGAAUUCAAAUUCAAUUUGUUAUCAGUAGCAAAGUUGACAAGGGAGUUGAGAUUCCUUGUGGCAUUCUAUCCUGAUUUUUGUCUAAUGCAGGACCUUCACAAUGGGAAGGUGAAGGGGAUUGGUAAAAUGGAAGAGGAUCUGUAUCACUGGCACUCAAAGAAUAAAAGGACAUCACCAACUGUCCCUUCAGUGUUCCUAACAGUACAUGAUGAGGAAAAGCUAUGGCAUAUAAGACUAGGGCAUCUCAGGAAGGAUAUUAAAACAACUCUCUCUAGUUAG